AUGGCGGCCUCUAUUUCACCGCUACGCUCCUCCUUCAGGAUUUGUAGCCCGUUAACGUUACACCAUCACUGCUGUCGGGCCAAAGUGCGGAUGCACAGAAAAUGCGAGAGUCAAAGGAGACAUCUACACCAGUCGGCGACGAGGCACGCUGCUGUGGUGAUUUCGGGAACAGAAUUAGCUCGUCAGCUCCACAGAGAAAUCCAACGUGAUGUGGAAGAGCUGGUAGCUCAGGGCAACAUGAGACCACAUCUAGGUGUGGUCUUAGUGGGGGAUGACCCAGCCAGUCACACCUAUGUCAGGAACAAGACCCGCGCAGCCAGCAUCCUGGGUAUUUCCAGUGAUACAGUGGUGCGGCCCAGCUCAGUGUCUCAGGAGGAGCUGCUAGAGCUGAUUGACAAGAUGAAUCGUGACUGGAGGGUCAGCGGCUUAUUGGUGCAGCUGCCACUUCCAGAACACAUAAAUGAGCGAGCAGUAUGUAACGCUAUUGCUCCAGAGAAGGAUGUAGAUGGUUUCCAUAUUGUGAAUAUCGGUAAGCUGUGCCUGGACCAGAGAUCCAUGGUACCUGCCACUCCUGCAGCUGUCUGGGAGAUCAUCAAACGAGCAGGUAUUGAGACUGUGGGAAAGAAUGUCCUGGUCGCUGGUCGCUCCAAAAACGUUGGGAUGCCCAUUGCAAUGUUGCUGCACACUGAUCGCCACCACGAACGUCCUGGAGGUGAUGCCACGGUGACCAUUGCCCACAGAUGUACUCCAAGAGAACGUCUGAAAGAGCUAACCAGCCUGGCUGACAUCAUUAUUGCAGCUGCAGGCGUUCCUGGGCUGAUCACUGCAGACAUGGUAAAAGAAGGUGCAGCAGUCAUUGACGUGGGCAUAAAUCGCAUCAAGGACCCAAAAACGGGGAAACUCCGGCUCAUCGGUGAUGUGGACUUUGAGGGAGUGAAGGAGAGAGCAGGUUUCAUCACACCUGUUCCCGGAGGGGUGGGUCCAAUGACUGUUGCCAUGCUGAUGAAGAACACUGUGACUGCUGCCAGAAAUGCGCUGAUGCAUUAAAAGCACACACACACACACACACACACACACACACACACACACACACACACACACACACACACACACACACACACACACACACACACACACACACACGCAUAAAGCCAUUUAUUUUAAUAAAGGCUUUGCAGGACAGACGUCAUACAGAUGUGCAGACACAGAUGCAUACAUAUAUCCAGGCACACGCACAAACACACCACUUGCCAAACAUCUAACAAACUUUUAUUUAAACAUCUGUGAGCUCAAGACUCCACACCUGCUGGGAAAUCUACUUGAUAUGUACUGCGUUUAUAUUAUUUAUUAAGUUAUUUAUUUCAGAUUUCACUUUUUAAGAAUUUAUAUUCAUAUUUUUUCUACUGAUGUCAGUUUGGUUCAUUUUGAGCAUA